CCCGCAGAUCGUCUCCGGUGUCCAGCGAGGAGCUCCUGCUCAGCUGCGGUUUCCUGCUCUGUAAAGGUCUGGUGUCCCGCAUGGACCUGGUCUCGGUCCAGCUCUCCUCUGGCCCUCGCCUCUUCUCCUUCCUCUCCCUCGCCUGGGGCUUCGUGGCGGACGUGGACAUCGAGAGCGAGAAGUACCGCCACGUGGGAGCGGCGCGGUUCACCGUGGGCACGCUGGUGCGGUUGGCGUCCCUCCGGGUCUACAGGGGCCGGCUGGCGUACCUGCCCGCCCCCGACCAGGAGACUCUGAGGAACGAGGUGACCCUGCACUGCAAUAAUCAGACGCUCAGGUCCAGAGACUCUGUCGGACAGAACACCUUCCACAACUCCUGCCACUCCAACAACUCCCUCAAAGCGCGGCGGACAGAGAGCACGCCGUCCAGAAGUCCCCACAAGGCGCCCCGCGGCCCGCCGGACUCCCUGCUGCCGCCUCUGGACCAGCAGCUGCCCGGGGACUGGGUGCUGGUUCAGGAGGAGGACUUUGUGCUCAUGCUGGCUAUGUACCACUCCCACCUGGCCGAGGACCUGCUGGCAGCACCGGGCGCCGCCCCGGACGACGGGGUCAUCCACCUGUUCUACGUCCGAGCGGGGAUCUCCCGCGCGGCGCUGCUGAAGCUCUUCCUGGCGAUGGAGAAAGGCGAACACCUGGGGACCAUCUGUCAGCAUCUGGUGUACGUGAAGGUGCGGGCGCUCAGGCUGGAGCCGUUCUCCCCCAAAGGGAUCAUCACGCUGGACGGCGAGGUGGUGGAGUACGGGCCGCUGCAGGCCGAGGUGCACCGAGGACUCGCCAGAUUAAUCACCGGAUGAACUGAACGCACGUCGACACGGCCGAAUGAAGACGCUUCAGCUUUAAAAAUGUAGCGCAGGGCGGGAACAGGAAGGACGGCGUUAACUCCUCGACAUCAACCUCAAAACAUUGCACAGAGAAAACAGAGAAGUUCUGGGAUUAAGAACGAGCGAGACCCGUUAAGAGACCCAAAGUGUUCAACACAUAACGACAUUAAAAACGACCAGAACAGGAAGUAAACAAACCCGAAAAAAUCAUUAAUUUAUUCAUAAAGCGGAAACAAGACCGGCCUAGACCACAACUCCCUCACACUACCCCCUAAACACAAGAUGAUGAUUAUUCAGUGAUAGUUCUGGUCUCGAUCUUGUUCUUGGUCUUGGUCUUGGUCAUGGUCUC